CGCCAACCCGCGCUCUCUCUCCCACCACGUCGCCUACGCGCUCACUCAGCUCUCCGCCGCUCUCUCGCAGCCGCAAUUCCUCGAAACUCUGCUCACUUCCCACCCUCACUACCUCGUCUCCCCGCUCAUCCACGCUCUCUCCCUCUUCCCCGACCCCGCCAUCGCCGGCCAACUCUUCCACCUCAUCUCCCCCUCUCCGCCGCCCGCCAGCUUCCGCUUGCUCCGCACUUCCUCGCCGGCCUGGCCGAUCGCAUCUCCUCCUCGGCCUUCUCCUGGACCCCCGCGCACCUCCACAUCGUAAGUUCCCUUCUCCGUAAUUUCUUUUUUUUUAUCUCGCAUGGCCGGAAGGAAUCAAUCGAUCGAUUAAGUCAAAUAGCCAUUCAGUUGAUGAGAUUUCUUAGUUCAAUUUUUGUGAAUCGUUCGCUUGCAGCUUCACUGCUUUGGAAUUCUGGCUGAUUCACGGCCAAAAGUAUUUUCUGCAGCUUCAAAACUGAGGGAAGGUCGUUUGCCUUCCGCAUAGCAUUUAGCAUGCUCAAUUGACGGCCACCGCCAGGAGGGAAGAGCAGACACUUCGAAGAAACUACACGCAUCAACGGUAACCAUGUCGUUUCCCUCUUCGCACCACCUUAUUGUUCUUCUUUUGGGUUUCAGGGUGAAGCGUCAGAAAAGGAAACCUAGCAGUUUGUUAAGGCUGUCUGAUUCGUUUGAUAUAAACAGCAGAACUCUGUUUUCUGGGGAAGUUGAGGAAACCAAAACGAGCUUAAAGGUUCAGAAUGAAGUUUGUACCUUUAUAAGUUUCUUAAUUCGCGUUGAUAGUGAUAGGGUAGAGAGCUUUGUCUUAAUUAGCUAUCUAGAGGGUUCUUUAUGUUACAACUGUACUGCGUUUUCUGAUGUUCUUUUGUCGUUGAGUUCUCAUAGUUUCUGAUAAUUAGGUGUUGCAGGACUUGGGGAGACCUAAAAUCUGUGACUUUCUUCCGUCGGCGUUGAAUUUGAGUGUUGAAAGUGUGAAGUAGACAAUGAAUGCUGAAGCAUUUUCUGGGUUCAAGCUUAAACCCAAACUGAAGCGUGCAUUAGGAAAACCUUGGAAAGGAGAAUCUAGGGUUACAAGAGAUGGUUCUCUUAAAAGGAACAGUGGCAGUGGUCCUCCUCGCUCAAUGUGGGUUUCCCGUAAAGAAGGUGGCAAUUCUGGAAGGAGAGGUGAAUCUGUUGAAGUUGUGGAUGAUGAAAUUAGGCAAUUGCGUGGUACUAGGACUAGUAAGCCGAGGAGGUUUGAUCAACUGGAUAGUGAUGGGACCAAUAUACUGAAAAGACAUAGCAAACGUGAGUUAGACUUGAGUACAGUUGCUGAUCGGAGUAAGAGCAAAACCCUGGGAUCAUUUUCUAUAACUUAUGGCAAGAAAGGUUUGAGGACUAAAAGGAUCAGUCUUGAAGGUGAUACCAAGGUUCAGGAUGACGAACCAAAGAAGAAGAAAAAACGUGUUAUGCGUCUAGAUCCAUAUGAUACGUCGAACAAGCGGAUGGAUGAUGGAUUGGGUGUCAAUGAAACUGCCAAAGAAAAGAAGAAACAAUUAGAGAAAGAAGUGGCAAUGUCAAAGAAUGCAGAGUUCCGUGCAAUUAAACCCAGUCCUUCAAUCCUUUCCUUUGUGGAAGAUAAUUUGUUGGGCCGGCGACGUAUGAUUGAGCUAAAAAGGGCUGGAUAUAACAUUGAGUUGUCUGUACCACUUGAUAAUAUCCCAGAUUCCAAAAGCUCUGAGAGAGAACGCAUUGAAGAAAAUGUCUUCAGGAAUAAGUUGACCUUUUUUGCUGCUGCAAAGGUUUCAUCUUCUUUUCCACCUCCCAACCUUCCUGAGAUUGCAUUUGCUGGAAGGUCAAAUGUUGGGAAGUCAUCUCUACUGAAUUCACUUACGAGACAAUGGGGAGUUGCACGAACAUCAGACAAACCUGGCCUCACUCAGACAAUUAAUUUCUUUGAGCUGGGAAAGUUAUGCUUGGUCGAUUUGCCUGGAUAUGGCUUUGCUUAUGCGAAAGAAGAAGUGAAGGAUUCUUGGGAGGAGCUCGUUAAGGAGUAUGUGUCAACGAGAACAGGUCUGAAACAAGUAUGUCUUCUUAUCGACACAAAAUGGGGAAUGAAGCCGAGAGAUCGCGAACUCAUUAAUUUGAUGGAAAAAUCUCAAACAAAAUACCAGAUUGUAUUAACCAAGACCGAUUUGGUGUUUCCAAUUGAUGUAGCACGCCGUGCUAUGCAAAUCGAAGAGAGCCUGAAGGCAAACAAGUCGAUAGUGCAGCCUGUGAUGAUGGCCAGCUCGAAAACUGGAGCUGGGAUUCGGACGUUAAGGACAGUGCUUUCCAAGUUUGCUCGUUAUGCCAAAAUAUAAAGAUCCAUGACCAGAGACUGCAAUUUUCUUAUAGUAAUUGCUUCUUUCCUGUUACACAUCUAGUUUGAACCAAGUUAUGCUAACCAGCAAAAUUUCUCGAUGCUGCGGAUGCCAGAACUCUGAUCUGAAGACUCUUGCCUUCCUCAGAAAGAACAAAGGGUUGACCUUUUGUCUAUGAAAAAAAGUAUUAUCAGGCAAAGGAAGGUCAUGGAAAUAAGUAUUAAAUAUGUAUCAUGCUUAGAUAAUGCCUAACUGAAGUGGGUGAUGGAGUGUUAUGGUGGUGGGUUGAGUUGUGAAGCAAAGCAGCCAUUCAUUGUGCUGAGUUUUCCAAUCUGCAAUUCCUUCGAUAGUGGUAGUGGUGGCAGAGUGACAUGGGAAGCACAUUACAGCAGGCGGUGGAAAUGGAGAGGAUGGUAAGCCAUCUUCGUUGACUAUUUCUCGUACCUAAGAAACUGACGUGCGUGCAAGUGGAGAAGGAUUAGCUGCAACUGUUGUGAUUAAUUCAAGUAUCUGUUAACAGGCUUCAGUUUGGCAUAUUAACUGAUACCUUACCGAUACUCCGGCUUGGUUUUAGUCGUUUGAAGAGUUCAUGGCGGCACGUCAGUCUCUAACAAUGAUCCUAUUGUCUUAAUGGAACGCUGUAUUGUCGUUUUUCCAUUCAAGCUAUGGACCUUCCAUUAGUGUAUCACGCACCAAGGUUUGAAUUUGCAGACAGAGUGCUGAAAUUGGUCAUUUCCUGCUUGUUAACUGUUAUAGCAGACCAGUUUAGUGAGCCAACUUCCGUUUAUGUACAGGACACAUCUUAAGAACUACUUAUUAAAACAAAGUUCAUGUU